UUUUCUACUUUGCAAGCUAAACAAUCUCCAUUUUGUGAGAGCCUUUCAGCUGACUAAAACGUCGUCCCAGUGAAACGGAAGAGUCAAAGAAAAAUAAAUUAAGCAGACCAGUCUAUCGCUAACCAGUUAUUAUCCGAAAGGAAAGGAAAUCUUAUCGUAUGUCCGCUAUCCAGAACCUCCAAACUUUCGACCCAUUUGCUGAUGCAACUAAGGGUAAUGACAGACUCCCAUCUGGGACUGACGACUACAUCCACAUAAGAAUCCAGCAGCGUAACGGCAGGAAGACUCUGACCACGGUCCAGGGCAUAGCCAUCGACUAUGAUAAGAAGAAGCUAGUCAAGGCCUUUAAGAAGAAAUUUGCCUGCAAUGGGACAGUGAUUGAGCACCCAGAGUAUGGGGAAGUAAUUCAGCUGCAAGGUGACCAGCGCAAGAAUAUCUGCACGUUUCUGAUUGAGAUUGGCCUGGCGAAAGAGGAGCAGCUCAAGGUCCACGGAUUCUAGAAGCGCUCAGCAGCCCUCUCUCCUCUGGUUGUGAUACUUCCCUCCCCUGUGCUGCAAUCACCGCACCCCCUUUAAGAUAAUGAUUACCUCUGAAUUGAGACUUUUUACUACCAGUUUAACUCCCCCCUCAUACGGGAGCAGUCCAGUGCAAACAUGGACAAACGGCUUGACAGAUGUGGGAUGAGUGGUUUAGUUUUUUCCUUACAUUUUUUAGUUUGCUGUGUGAAGGGCACAAUUCCAUGUAACUCUUUUUGUUUUGUACAAGUUUCAAUAAAAUGAUCAACCGCCA